AUGUCCGACUCGAUCUACGCUCCACACAAUCAGGCUAAGCUGCAAGCAGCGCGAGACGCCGAUGCAGCUGCCACUUCGCCGGCCAGCUCCACUUCAGAAGCUGUUUCUGCUCCGCAGCAGACCAAGCAGCAAGAUCAGCGAGCCAACGACGAUGGCCUCCAGCGUCCCAAUUCCCACUUCACUCGCCCUCUCCUCUACAUCAGCGGAGUCGAUGCUACCAUGACAGACAAGGAGCUAGCCGGCCUGGUCUUCGAUCAGGUGCUCCCCGUCCGUCUCAAGAUCGACCGCACCGUAGCCGAAGGGCACCCUGCGAGCGGCACCGUUGAGUUCCAGUCGCUCGACAAGGCCGAAAAGGCGUACGCCACUGUUCGCCCUCCCAUCCAGCUCCGCAUUCAGCAGGACAUGUCCGCGAAAGAGCCAGUCGCCUCGGCCAAGCCGCGUCUCGUCAAGCAGCUGCCGCCGGGCACCGACGACGCCGCCCUCUACGAUCUUUUCCGUCCCUUUGGCCCGCUUCGACGAGCGCAGUGCUUGCUCACCAACGCAGCUGGCAUCCACACUGGCUUCAAGGGUAAGGCCGUGCUCGAAUACUACUCGGAGGACGAUGCCCAGCGCGCCGAGUCCGAGAUGCACUGCAGGGAGAUCGGCGGCAAGUCGAUCUCAGUCGUCGUCGACAUUGGGACUCGCAAAGUCAGCGCGAGUGCCGCCGAGUUCCGGCCGUCUGCUGCUCCCUUUGUCCCCGGCAGCAGCAGCAGCGGCAUGAGUCCGUCAGCUCCUCUGUUUGCCCCCUCUGCACCCGGCUCUCGUUCCGUCUCGGCGGGGUCGUCUGCUUCCAUCUAUGCUACCACCUCGUCUUUAUCCGAUCCUCGCAACUCUGUUCCUACCCUUGCUCAAAAGAGCACUCGCGGCCAGCUGCAGUACUCGAGUCAGGCAUCCACCUUCGUCGACCCGUGCAACCUCUUUAUCAAAAACCUCGACGCCGACAUCGAAUCCAAGGACCUCUUUGACACAUUCAAAGCGUUCGGUCACAUUGUGUCUGCACGCGUCAUGCGCGACAAUGACGGCAAGAGCCGCGAGUUUGGCUUUGUGAGCUUCAAGGUGGCGGAGGAGGCGACACAGGCGUUGCAUGCCAUGGACAACGCCAAGCUUGGAAGCAAGAAGAUCACGGUGCGUCUGCACGAGCCCAAGACGAUGCGCCAGGAAAAGCUCGCCGCGCGCUUCAACGCGGCCAAUGCCGAGAGCGCCGAUGCAGCUUCAGCUGACGGCGACAGUGCUAGCGAGACGACCCGCAAGGCUGACAAGCGCCAGAGCAGGAGCUACUUCAAAGCGGGCGUGCCAGCCGACGCCAACGGUUUGGCGGACGAAGAGCAGCUGCGCUCGCUCAGCAGUGUGGUGCGAAACGAGCUGCUGUGUGGCGAGUUCACACGGAGGGUGCAGCAGGUGCCUUCCAUCGACGAAGCGCAGGUCGACGACAUUGUCGGUGAGCUGCUCAAGCUCAGACUCGGCGAUGCCGUUGAGGCGCUCAACAACCCCAUCUCGCUCAUCCAGAGAGUCAAAGACGCUCGAGAGCUGCUCACACAAGCGCCCGCCUCGGCCUCGACGCUGGGCGCGCCAAACCCGGCCAUGCUCGGUGUUCAGGCGCAGCGCAGUGUCUCGAGCACGUCCUCGAAUGGCGAAGGUGGCGCAUCAGUCAAGGAGAGGGAAAGGCUGCUCUUGGCGGUUCGCUCUGUCGCUGAAGCGGAUGCACCUAUCGAGGACAUUACUGACAUGCUUGCGAGCCUUCCUAAGAAGGACCGGGCGCUGGCGUUGUUCAACCCAGAGUUUCUCAAGCAAAAAGUGGAAGAGGCAAAGGACAUUCUCGACAUUACCGAUGAUAGCGGCGAGGAUUUGUCGCCGCCUCGCGAUGGGAACGGCAGCAGUGCAGCGCCAGCACCGGUUCCCCCACCGACGUCGACCUCGGCCGUCCUCAAAGACUCGAGCAACGGCCAGAACUCGACACCGACCACCACCACCACCACCUCCUCCUCCUCCUCCACCACCACAACCACCACAGCCCACACGCUCUCCUCGCUCGCCGCCCUCCCCGCCGUCGAGAUCAUCCGUCUCGCCUCCUCAGCCUCCUCCAGCUCCGGCCUACCGCUUGCCAAACCAGACCCGGCGACAGUCACCUCGACCGACGCCUUCAUCGACUCGCUGCAGGGUAAAGCGGCGCACGACCAGAAACAGAAGCUCGGCGACCAGCUGUUCAAGAAAGUGCGCAGCUUUGGUGUCAAAGGCGCGCCCAAGCUCACGAUCCACUUGCUCGAUUCCGAGGAUCUGCGGGCAUUGGCGCAUCUGAUGAAUUCGUACGAGGAUGUUUUACGCGAGAAGGUUCAGCUCAAGGUUGCUGCUGGGUUGAACAAGUGA